AUGCCUCUGAGGAAGAUAAAAGUAUUAGAAUUAGCAGGUCUAGCUCCAGCGCCUUUCUGUGGGAUGAUUUUAGCAGACUUUGGAGCUUCAGUGGUUCGGGUUGACAAGACAGGUGUUUCACAUCCUGAUGUUUUAGCAGCUGGUAAAAAGUCAAUAUCUUUGAAUUUAAAAGACAAGAAAGCCGUAGAAAUAUUCAAGAAAAUGUGUGACCAGAGCGAUGUCAUCAUUGAUCCUUUUAGAAAAGGAGUGAUGGAAAAAUUGAAACUAGGUCCUAGUGAUUUGAUGAAGACUAAUAAAAAAUUAAUUUACGCUAGACUUACUGGUUUUGGUCAGGAAGGCUUACUGUCAUUCUUUGGCAGAUCUGGUGAUAAACCUCUGCCACCUGUUAAUUUCGCAGCUGACUUCGCUGGUGGUGGACUAAUUUGUGCACUAGGAAUAUUAUUAGCUCUAUAUGAACGCACAGAGAGCAAACUGGGGCAAGUAAUUGACGCUUCUAUGGUCGAAGGAGCUGCUUAUGUCGGUAGUUGGCUGUUUAGAUCACAAAAUAUUCCUGGAUUGUGGGGAAGACCUCGCGGUAAAAAUAUUCUUGACUCUGGAACGCAUUUCUAUGACACCUAUGAAACUUCAGAUGGUAAAUUCCUAGCCGUUGGAGCCCUGGAACCCCAUUUCUACGCGGUUUUACUCCAGAAAUUAGGAAUGAACGACGAGGAGCUUCCUCAGUUUGAAAACUUCCUGGAAAAUAAAAAGAAAUUGACUGAAAUAUUCAGAUCCAAGACCCAGGAAGAGUGGACGAAGAUAUUUGACGGCUCUGACGCGUGUGUCACUCCAGUCCUGACUCCCAAAAAUGUCUACCAGCAUCCUCACAACAAGGAACGACAAAGUUUUAGCUUGGAAAAUAAAACAGUUGUUCCUAAACCUUCUCCCAGAUUGUCUCGCACUCCAGGACAGUCUUCUGAAAAGCUUCAGAGCCCCUUAGCUGGGGAAAAUUCACGGGAAGUGUUACUCAACUACGGGUUCGAUGAGCGAGCGAUCAAUGAAUUUAUUCAGUCGGGAAUUGUUCAGCAGCUUCAUAGAUCUAAGCUUUAA